AUGUCAAACGCAGACAGCCAAGGACCGCUAUCGCUGGAAGAAAGAUGGCAAAUGUGCAAAAUUCAGGAUGACCACAAGGCUUCCCUCAUUGAGGAUUUGUUCUCUCACAUUGCAGAGCUUUCCGACAAGCUCUCCGAGGUUAAGAUGGAGCUAAAGGAAAAGAAGAUGCUGGUACGGUCUCUUUUCGAUACCGAUGACAGGAUCAAAUAUCAGAUCGAAAAGUUGCAAAACGAGAAAGCAUGUUGUACAACCCGCUUUACCAGCCAGAAAGACACUGACCCAGCUAGGAUAAACACUGUUUUGCAAUGGUCCUCGUUGACGGCGACUUUUUCUGAUGACUUGGCGAACAAUCAGUUUCUGGAUGAUCUUAUUGAGCAAGGACUCGAGGGAGGCAAGAAAGCUGCAAGCCUUUUACGUCUCGCUGUUUUUGAUGAGCUAAAGGCCAUUGACCCCUGCCUUCCGCAUCACUUACAACUUGCCGUCCGCGUUUACGCCAACUUGAAGGGUCUGGCCAAGACUUACACCGAAAUGGGCAUUAUCCCUGAUCCGAGCGUUUUGGAUGAUUUCGUCCGAGGCUUCAACAUGUGGAACGCAAUGUGCGACUUUGUUGACGCGGGUAAUGGCAAGGAGUGUACGGAUGAAAAGUUGAAGGCAAAUUUUGAGUCUAGUGUGUCCGAUGUUCACUGUCGACAUGUUUUGUUUGGUGGUUCGGCAGAUAGCGGUUACGCUCGCGUGUUGGGAUCGUACCUCGAUAACGAUGAGAUUCGCAAGAAGGUUGUCCUUCUCGAGGGACCUCCAUUUGCGCAGGAGCUAGCCGAGAUUAAAGACCAGUUCCGCGUCGCUUCUUUCAACAGGGUUUUCAGGCGUCAGAAAUUGUUCAACAACAUCAAGCGUAAGGUUUCUUACAACAUCACACCACCAUUGACGCCCUCGCCCAACUAUGCGUCAGCCGCUGCCAGAGCUCCAUCGGUUCUCGCUGGAGACCUGCCAGUACGUCAACAAGCCAUGGUCGACUCGAGGAUGCCUCCUUUAGGGCAGGUGCUUCGGAACAAGGCCGGGCAGCGAAUUGAUCCACCACUUGAUUUUACCCACCAGGAGUUCAUUCUGAUGAAGAACCGCAAGUUGUGCAACAGUCUUCACCUUUUGGGUAGAUGUCCCUAUAGGGAAGCUUAUGGGAAGUGUUCGCACGAGCACAAAGGCAGGCUGAGCCCGAAAGAAAUGCAAGUUCUCUGGGCUGUCGCUCGUCAGUCUCACUGCCAUACAGGUCUCAGCUGCACCGAUCCAAAUUGCGUAUUUGGCCACCAGUGUCCUCGUGAGAGUUGCAAUGGGGCAAGCUGCCGCCUGAGAUUCCCGCUAGAGUUGCAUAACAUUGACAAAAGACCUACUCGAUGA